AUGAUUUCCUACUGUGGCGAAAUUCACCAAAAAGAUCACUGGAAAUUCCACAAAGACAUCUGCAAGGUAAUCUCCGACAUAAUGAAGGAAAGGGGAGUUUCGCACCUCUACGAAAAUCUGUGCAUCAUCGACCCAAAAAAGUGGAAAGCCAAGAGGGAGGAGACGCGACAGACAGUUGAAUCGCGAAUGUCGCGACCCACGAUUCUCGAGGAAGUCGAAAUGUUUCGAUACCCUCGUGCCUGUUUCGUCUGCCACGAGGCGAAACAAGAGAACUUGAGAAAUUGUCCAGGUUGUUCUCUCGCGAGUUUCUGCAGAGAUCAUCCGAGCAGUUACCUUCACGACAAAAACUGCGCGACUAUAAAAAAGUCCCACGAAUUUGAGACCGAGAUUGAUCCCAGAUCGGGACUGAUCACAAAAGUUGUUUCGAAAAUAGUGGCCAACACGCCCACCAAGAUACCGCGAUCGAUUCGAGAAUUUAUCGACAGCAGUUUUAAAUGGAACGAAUCUCUUCCCGCUUGUAUGCAAUUCUAUUUGGCAGAAUAUUUGACGAUUCCUCUGAGCAUUUUCAACGCCUUCGAGAAACUGAAGAAUCCUAGCAAGACUGAGGAGUCUCCUUCGAAAAUGGUUGUCCACCUUCGAGGAAUAAAUAGACGAUAUGUAUUCACAAAUUCGUGGGAGGCCCUCUUACAUAUGAUGCCAAAUUUGAAUAAUCUUUUGGUUGUCAUCACUGAUCAGAGUGAUGAUAUGAGAAUGGAGGCGACUCUCUGCAGUAAAUGCACCUCCAAGAAGAAGAAGCUGUUGAUGGAAGGUGUCGGGGUGCAUUAUUUGGAAUACUUGAAAGCGGAUAGUUACAGGUAG